AACCUAAGUUAAACAGGAAAAGACCAUAGUACUGCUCAGAAUCUCCGAUAAAAGGACACUCACUCCACCACUCUCUUUGCCUUUGUGCUCCUCAAAAACAGAGUACAACUACACGUAUCAGAUAAGCACAUAGAGAGUGAGAGAGAGAAUAUUUCUGGGCGUGCAGAUGGCUCGGAGCUCCACAAUAAUGAAAUGGGUCACCACUUUCAUGCUUCUAAUCCUACCCCAUUUGAGCCUCACAACCUUCGCAGAAGAUGGGUUAGUGGCGAAUGGAGAUUUUGAAGCAACCCCAUCAAAUGGGUUUCCUAAUGAGGCGAUAGUAGAGGGACCCAACGAAAUCCCGAACUGGAAAUCAAACGGCAACGUUGAACUGGUGGAGUCUGGGCAAAAACAAGGUGGGAUGAUCCUCAUCGUACCGCAGGGUAGACACGCAGUGAGGCUCGGUAACGAUGCUGAGAUAAGCCAGGAAGUAGCGGUUGAGAAAGGUUCCAUUUACUCUGUCACGUUUUGUGCGGCUCGCACGUGCGCCCAGUUGGAGUCCCUCAACGUGUCGGUUCCACCUGCAUCACAGACGAUAGACCUGCAGACCCUCUACAACGUCCAAGGCUGGAACCCUUACGCGGUUUCUUUCAAUGCCGAUGACGACACUUUUAGGUUGGUAUUUAAGAAUCCAGGCAUGGAAGAUGACCCCACUUGUGGCCCCAUUAUUGACAACAUUGCCAUCAAGAAACUCUUCACUCCUGAUAAGCCCAAAGACAAUGCUGUAAUAAAUGGUGAUUUUGAAGAAGGACCAUGGAUGUUUAGGAAUACUUCAUUGGGUGUGUUGCUUCCCACGAAUUUGGACGAAGAAACUUCUUCAUUGCCUGGUUGGAUAGUUGAAUCGAACCGAGCCAUUCGUUACAUUGAUUCUGAUCAUUAUGCUGUGCCACAAGGGAGAAGGGCCAUUGAGUUGCUCUCGGGAAAAGAAGGGAUCAUAUCCCAAAUGGUUGAGACCGCACCUGACAAGCUUUACAGCUUGACCUUUUCACUGGGUCAUGCUAAUGACAAAUGCAAGGAACCUCUUGCUGUUAUGGCCUUUGCUGGUGACCAGGCUCAAAACGUUCAUUACACUCCUGAUUCUAACUCUACCUUCCAAACUGCUAACCUCAAUUUCACUGCCAAGGCUGAGAGGACUAGAAUUGCCUUCUAUAGUGUCUACUAUAAUACAAGAAGUGAUGAUAUGAGUUCUCUUUGUGGGCCUGUCGUGGAUGAUGUCAGAGUUUGGUUUUCUGGCUCCAAUGGGCUUCGUGGGUUGGGCUUAUUAAGGCUUGGCCUUGGAUUUUUGGGUUUAGUUUGGGUUCUCAUUUAAAGGGUUUCAUUUGCUCUUGCUUUAUUUAUUGUUAAAUUGCGUAAUAGGUUAUUUUGGAUUUGGGUUGUAGGUAAAGUCACAUUCCCCAAGUCAACAACGUUGUAUUUGAACUCGCCUUAAGUUUAUAGUUUAUGCUAUGAGAAAUGAGAAAGUCUUGGCUGUCAUUCCCGUGCAUUUCUGAUACGCAAAGUUUACCCACUUUCACGAUUCUACUCGACG